AUGGAGAGGUUCGCUAAUAACUCGCUGGGACCCAUUGCGUCUGCAGAGACACGGAGAGCGCUCGGAGCUCUGGCCGAGGAGCGACCGGAGCGACUGUCACUGGCGGGGAAUGGCUUGGUGGCGGUGCCGGCGUCGCUGGAUGUGGCCCACAAUGCUCUGACUCUGGUGCCGGAUGCGCUGACUGAGCUGCGGGCGCUGAGAGUGCUGAAUGUGGCACACAACGCCAUCGAUCGCCUGCCCAAGGCGCUGUUCGAACUGCCGCAGCUGGACGUGCUGGACGCCCGCGGCAACCCUGUGGCCGCGACCAUGCCGCUCCUGCGCGAGUCUACCAGUGCAGACGAGGAGAGCAACGACGGCGAUGAGACAGAGCUGCUCAGCGACGGAUCGUCGUCGGACUGGUGGGCUGGCGAUGACCGCGGCGCGAGCGAACUGCGCAGCGAAGUGACUGCUCUCAAGUCGGAGCUCUCGCUCUGCAAGCACAACGAGUCCGAGCUGAGGCGGCAGGUCGCGCACCAGGACCGGUCGCUCACCGAGUUGCGAGCGCAGGUGGUGGUGGCACAACAGCAGGCAGCAGCGGCCGACAUCCAGGCCCGCAAGCACCGCCAGGUCUGUCCGCUCCACAACGCAGCGGCUACAGCUGAGGCCGAUGCGGUCCGGGCGCGAGCCGAGGCACUCGACGAGCGGGCGGCCAAGCUUACUGACGCGCUCCGCCGCGAGCGGGCGGCGGCGGUCGGUCGAAACGAAGAGCUCAGCAGUCUGCGCGCCCAGCUUCGGACGAUGCAGGCUGACAAUGCGCGGCUUGCUGCCGAGGCUCGCAGUGCGUCGCUGGCCCGACUUCGGGCGGCGUCGACGGUGACCCCGAUGACGACACCAAGCGCAGCGCCCAUGAGGGCCGACGCAGCAACAGCGGCGCAACUCAAGGCUGCACUGGACGAGCUUGAGGUACUGCGGAUGCAGACGCAGACCGCCAACCUGCGGCACGCGACGGAGCUUUCCGAGGCCCAGCACCGAGUGCGUGUGGCCGAGACUCGCGAGCACGUGUCCAAGGACGUGGUUGGUGGCGCAGCAGCCGAGCUGCGUGCGCAGCUAGUGGUUGUCAACGAGGAGCACGCCAAGGAUCGGGUGCGCUGGGCGCGCGAGCGCGAGCAGCUGGAGGAUGCGCUGACUGGAGCGCGGGCGCUGCUGACGGAGCGUGUCGAGGACCAGGUCCGUGUCAUGAGGGUGGUGGCACGGGCAAGACACACGCCUGCCGCUGCUGACGUUGGCGCCCCAGAGCUUUGUGCUGCGCUCGACGCGCUGUCGACGCGACUCGCACCGUUGCGGGAGGUGGCCAACUCUCAUGCUGUGCCGAUGCUGGACGGGAGCGGGUCGCUGGCUUCGGCGGUGGCGUUUGUGGGCGCGCUGGCCGACGAGAUGGGUCCGCUGGCUGCAGAGGCACGGCGCAAGGCAGCCGCCCGAGCACAGAGAAAGAGCGGUGCCAGCGAGCAGGCAGUGUGGGAGCGAGAGCGGGAAGAGCUCCUGGCGCUUGUCGAGUCGCAAACUGUCCAGAUGCGGCAGCUGGCCGACGCGCUCGCUACGGCCGACGCCGACCGGAGUGUUGAUGCUCAGGCACUGGAGCAUUUGCGGACCCUGGUGGCGGCCGCCAGUGGGAGGCCAGCCCACGCGUUGACACCCAACGAGCUCAUGAUGCAGGCGGACGAGAUCGCGUUAUCGAGCCAGAUGGUUCCGCCGGAGGUGCAUGAAGCUGUGACCACACUAGCUGCGGCCGCGGCCGGUGACGAUGACGAUGGUAGCGUUGUCUCUGCCAAUUCUACUCUCUCGCGCGUUUCAAGAAGUCCCGACGAGGUCGCGCGCAAGGAGCGGCAGCAGCAGAUGCGACUCCAGGUCCAGCCUGCUGGAAGCGGCACGAGCAAAGUCGAAGUAGUGCCUGUGCUGGUCGCUGCUGGAACGAGUGGUGCCACGCCGCACGAGACGGCGGCGCGAGCGGAGAGCACACUCGCUGACGUGCAGGAGCUCCGGUCGCGGAUUGUGACGCUCGAGGCGGAGCUGGAAGCAGCGAGAGACCAGCAGAGCAAAACCGACACUGAGUUGGCGGCGCAGCUGCAGGCCGCUCGCGAGGCGGGGGCGGUGGUCGAGGUCGAGCUUGCACAGGCAAAGCAUGCACUGAGUGUGCUUGUCGGGCGUGGCGAGACCGAGACUGUAACCGAGUCGGAAGCGCUUAGCCUCAUGUCAGGCGAGUCGAGGCGGCGGCGACUGCGGAUGAAGAUGCUUAGGGCAGGAAAGUCCGAGGCUGACAUCGAGGCUGCGCUCGCGGCACUAGCCGCAAAAGAGAGCGGACCGAGCAUGGCCGAGCUCGUGGCCCAGGCGGAAGCAGCUGCUGGCCAGCGGCUCGAGCUCGAAGCGGCCGUUGAAGCGCUUCAGCUGCAAGUCGCCGAGCUCGAGGCUGACGCUGAGGUGGCUGCAGUGGCGGAGCGGGCGCGUGCCCAACAAGCCCAAUCGACAGCCGGGCUAGAAGCAGUCUUGGAAGCUGAACGCGAGCGGGUGGCAUCGCUGGAAAAGCAGUUGGCUACGGUUGCGCGGAACUCCAAGGCGGCGAACGAAAGGGUGGCCGAGCUGGAGGCUGCUGUCGCAGAACCGACCACACGGACCGCCGAGCUUGAGACGCAGCUUGCCGCCGCGACGGCAGCGCUGGCCAAGGUCGUGGGCGUGACGCCGGCGGCGUCUGAGACGAUGAGUGUGAUGUCGAGCGAGUCUGCGAUGUCUGCGAUUUCUGUCUCGGACACUCCAGACGAGGUGGCGCGGAAGGAGAAGAAGAAGCGGCGGCGUCUGCGGAUGAAGAUGCUCAAGGCCGGCAAGAGCGAGGCCGAGAUCGAGGCGGCGUUGUCGAGCGAGGCCACCGCGAGACCGACUGUGGUGGCAACGAGCGUGGACGACCUCGUGGCCGCGGCCGAGGCUGCUGCUGCCGAGCGCGUUGCGACGGUGCAGGCGCUGGAAGCUGAGAAGGCGCGUGUUGGCGAGCUAGAGGCAGAGGUUGCUGCCGCUACCGCUACUGCUGAGCAGGCCGCAGCGGCAACGACAUUGGCUGAGGGCCGGAUUGCCGAGCUCGAGACUGAGCUUGCCGAGGCGACCUCUGCACUUGUCACAGCCCGCGAGCAGAUGUCCGCCAGCGAUGCUGCCGACAAGCAGCGGAUGGCCGAGGCCACCAAUUUUGAAUCGUCACUCGAGAAGACCAAGGAGCGAGUGUCCGAGCUCGAGGCGGAGCUGGGUGCAGCACGCGAGCGAGAGGCGGAGCAGAAGCAGCAAGUGGUCGAGCUCGAGGCGCAACUGGCGACGGCGACAGCAGCGCUGACCAAGGUCGUGGGCGUGACGCCGGCGGCAUCUGAGACGAUGAGUGUGAUGUCGAGCGAGUCUGCAAUGUCCGCAAUGUCUGCGAUUUCUGUCUCGGACACUCCAGACGAGGUGGCGCGGAAGGAGAAGAAGAAGCGGCGGCGUCUGCGGAUGAAGAUGCUCAAGGCCGGCAAGAGUGAGGCCGAGAUCGAGGCGGCGUUGGCGAGCGAGGCCGCGCCGAGUCUGGCGGUGGCUAGCGCGGAUGAUCUCGUGGCCGCGGCCGAGGCUGCUGCUGUCGAGCGCGUUGCGACGGUGCAGGCGCUGGAAGCUGAGAAGGCGCGUGUUGGCGAGCUAGAGGCAGAGGUUGCUGCCGCUACCGCUACUGUUGAGCAGGCCGCGGCGGCAGCGACAUUGGCUGAGGGCCGGAUUGCCGAGCUCGAGACUGAGCUUGCCGAGGCGACCUCUGCACUUGUCACAGCCCGCGAACAGAUGUCCGCCAGCGAUGCUGCCGACAAGCAGCGGAUGGCCGAGGCCACCAAUUUUGAAUCGUCACUCGAGAAGACCAAGGAGCGAGUGUCCGAGCUCGAGGCGGAGCUGGGUGCAGCACGUGAGCGCGAGGCGGAGCAGAAGCAGCAAGUGGUCGAGCUCGAGGCACAACUGGCGACGGCGACAGCAGCGCUGACCAAGGUCGUGGGCGUGACGCCGGCGGCGUCUGAGACGAUGAGUGUGAUGUCGAGCGAGUCUGCGAUGUCUGCGAUUUCUGUCUCGGACACUCCAGACGAGGUGGCGCGGAAGGAGAAGAAGAAGCGGCGGCGUCUGCGGAUGAAGAUGCUCAAGGCUGGCAAGAGCGAGGCCGAGAUCGAGGCGGCGUUGGCGAGCGAGGCCACCGCGAGACCGACUGUGGUGGCAACGAGCGUGGACGACCUCGUGGCCGCAGUCGAGGCUGCUGCUGCCGAGCGCGUUGCGACGGUGCAGGCGCUGGAAGUGGAGAAGGCGCGUGUUGGCGAGCUAGAGGCAGAGGUUGCUGCCACAACCGCUACUGCUGAGCAGGCCGCAGCGGCAGCGACAUUGGCUGAGGGCCGGAUCUCGGAGCUCGAGACUGAGCUUGCUGAGGCGACCUCUGCACUUGUCACAGCCCGCGAACAGAUGUCCGCCAGCGAUGCUGCCGACAAGCAGCGGAUGGCCGAGCUGGAGGCUGAGGCUGCGGCAGCUGCAACAGCGGCUCAGGCUCACAUCGUCGAGCUCGAAGCGAAUCUUGCGGACGCUCACAAGGCCGGCGCGGCUUUGGAGGAGCAGAUUACUGAGCUGGGGUUGGUUGUCGCAGCGAAGGCGGUGGCGGCAGAGAAGGCAACAGCUGAGGUGGAGCAUCUCCAGGCCGAGGCCGCCGAUCUUGAAUCGUCACUCGAGAAGACCAAGAAGCAGGUGUCCGAGCUCGAGGCGGAGCUGGGUGCAGCACGCGAGCGAGAGGCGGAGCAGAAGCAGCAAGUGGUCGAGCUCGAGGCACAACUGGCGACGGCGACAGCAGCGCUGGCCAAGGUCGUGGGCGUGACGCCGGCGGCAUCUGAGACGAUGAGUGUGAUGUCGAGCGAGUCUGCAAUGUCCGCAAUGUCUGCGAUUUCUGUCUCGGACACUCCAGACGAGGUGGCGCGUAAGGAGAAGAAGAAGCGGCGACGUCUGCGGAUGAAGAUGCUCAAGGCCGGCAAGAGUGAGGCCGAGAUCGAGGCGGCGUUGGCGAGCGAGGCCGCGCCGAGUCUGGCGGUGGCUAGCGCGGAUGAUCUCGUGGCCGCGGCCGAGGCUGCUGCUGUCGAGCGCGUUGCGACGGUGCAGGCGCUGGAAGCUGAGAAGGCGCGUGUUGGCGAGCUAGAGGCAGAGGUUGCUGCCGCUACCGCUACUGCUGAGCAGGCCGCAGCGGCAGCGACAUUGGCUGAGGGCCGGAUUGCCGAGCUCGAGACUGAGCUUGCCGAGGCGACCUCUGCACUUGUCACAGCCCGCGAACAGAUGUCCGCCAGCGAUGCUGCCGACAAGCAGCGGAUGGCCGAGCUGGAGGCCGAGGCGGCGUCUUGCAAGGCGGCGCAUGAGACGCAGACUGGCGAUCUCGAAACCAAGGCUGCCGCUGCAGUAGCAGCGGCGACUGCAGCCAAGACCCACAUGGCCGAGAUCGAGGUGGAGCUCGCUGAUGCACAUGAGGCCACGGCAGCGUACAAGCAGCAACUUCUCGAGUUGGAGACUGCUGCUGAGCAGGCCGCAGCGGCAGCAACAUUGGCUGAGGGUCGGAUUGCCGAGCUCGAGACUGAGCUUGCCGAGGCGACCUCUGCGCUUGUCACAGCCCGCGAGCAGAUGUCCGCCAGCGAUGCUGCCGACAAGCAGCGGAUGGCCGAGCUGGAGGCUGAGGCUGCGGCAGCUGCAACAGCGGCUCAGGCUCACAUCGUCGAGCUCGAAGCGAAUCUUGCGGACGCUCACAAGGCCGGCGCGGCUUUGGAGGAGCAGAUUACUGAGCUGGGGUUGGUUGUCGCAGCGAAGACGGUGGCGGCAGAGAAGGCAACAGCUGAGGUGGAGCAUCUCCAGGCCGAGGCCGCCGAUCUUGAAUCGUCACUCGAGAAGACCAAGAAGCAGGUGUCCGAGAUCGAGGCGGAGCUGGGUGCAGCACGCGAGCGAGAGGGGGAGCAGAAGCAGCAAGUGGUCGAGCUCGAGGCACAACUGGCGACGGCGACAGCAGCGCUGGCCAAGGUCGUGGGCGUGACGCCGGCGGCAUCUGAGACGAUGAGUGUGAUGUCGAGCGAGUCUGCAAUGUCCGCAAUGUCUGCGAUUUCUGUCUCGGACACUCCAGACGAGGUGGCGCGUAAGGAGAAGAAGAAGCGGCGACGUCUGCGGAUGAAGAUGCUCAAGGCCGGCAAGAGCGAGGCCGAGAUCGAGGCCGCUUUGUCGAGCGAGGCCACCGCGAGACCGACUGUGGUGGCAACGAGCGUGGACGACCUCGUGGCCGCAGUCGAGGCUGCUGCUGCCGAGCGCGUUGCGACGGUGCAGGCGCUGGAAGCUGAGAAGGCGCGUGUUGGCGAGCUAGAGUCAGAGGUUGCUGCCACUACCGCUACUGCUAAGCAGGCGAUGGAAGUGGAGAGAGCGCGUGUUGCCGAGCUAGAGGCAGAGGUUGCUGCCACUACCGCUACUGUUGAGCAGGCCGCAGCGGCAGCGACAUUGGCUGAGGGCCGGAUUGCCGAGCUCGAGACUGAGCUUGCCGAGGCGACCUCUGCACUUGUCACAGCCCGCGAACAGAUGUCCGCCAGCGAUGCUGCUGACAAGCAGCGGAUUGCCGAGCUGGAGGCCGAGGCGGCGUCUUGCAAGGCGGCGCAUGAGACGCAGAUUGGCGAUCUCGAAACCAAGGCCGCCGCUGCUACUGCAGCGGCGACUGCAGCCAAGACCCACAUGGCCGAGAUCGAGGUGGAGCUCGCUGAUGCACAUGAGGCCACGGCAGCGUACAAGCAGCAACUUCUCGAGAUGGAGACUGCUGCUGAGCAGGCCGCAGCGGCAGCAACAUUGGCUGAGGGUCGGAUUGCCGAGCUCGAGACUGAGCUUGCCGAGGCGACCUCUGCACUUGUCACAGCCCGCGAGCAGAUGUCUGCCAGCGAUGCUGCCGACAAGCAGCGGAUGGCCGAGCUGGAGGCUGAGACCGCCGAUUUUGAAUCGUCACUCGAGAAGUCCAAGGAGCGAGUGUCCGAGCUCGAGGCGGAGCUGGGUGCAGCACGCGAGCGAGAGGCGGAGCAGAAGCAGCAAGUGGUCGAGCUCGAGGCGCAACUGGCGACGGCGACAGCAGCGCUGACCAAGGUCGUUGGCGUGACGCCGGCGGCGUCUGAGACGAUGAGUGUGAUGUCGAGCGAGUCUGCGAUGUCUGCGAUCUCUGUCUCGGACACUCCAGACGAGGUGGCGCGUAAGGAGAAGAAGAAGCGGCGGCGUCUGCGGAUGAAGAUGCUCAAGGCCGGCAAGAGCGAGGCCGAGAUCGACGCGGCGUUGACGACCGAGGCUGCGCCGAGUCCGGCCACAGCGAGCGUGGAUGAUCUUGCCGCUGCGGCUGAGGCGUUUGUCUCAACUAGGGAAGCGCUUGUCGCGCAGGUGGCGGCUGCCACUGCUCGGGCCGAGGAAGUCGAACACGCUGCGCUGGCAGCGAGUACCGUGUACGAGCAGGAGCUGCAGAAAUUGCAUGGGAAGCUGUCUGUCGCUGUCACAGCUCUUGGGAAGGUCGUCGGAGACGAUACUGGUAACCUUGUUGGCUCGGAAAGCUGGCAACAUGGCUCGAGUGAGCUCUCGUCGGUACUUGGCGACAGCGCAGACGAUAUCGCGCGCAAGGAGAAGCUGCGUCUGGAACGUGAUCGACGUGCAUCCGAGUCUGACGUACCCGCGAUGGUUGUUGAGUCUUUAGCGAGCCGGGCUGAGUCGGCCUUUGGCCACCGCGCUCGUGUUGACGAUCUGGAGGCCGAGGUGGAAAGGCUUAACGAGCUCAUCGCCGAUGCUGAUAAGCGUGCUGCGGAUUCAGCAGCUCGCGUGGCCUUGCUAGAGGACGAGUUUGCCACGGCGGUCAACACACUCGCACGACUCGCAGGCGCGGCGUCAGUUGUUGUCACUUCUAAGGCUGAGCCUCUUACCCGGACCCCCAGCGAGCUCGAGCUUGUAAUGCGUGAUGAGGACACCCAUGCAAGCGAAUCCCAGGGACUCGUCACUCUGCUUAGCGUGGAUGAGCUUGCCGAUCGCGCCGAGGAACACGCCGGUCGUGCGAGAACAGCAACUAUCCAAGAGCUGGAGGCUCGGGCUGUGCGUGCUGACCGCAUUUGCCAGGAAGCGACCGAACGUGCCGCUGGUCUUGCUGAAAAGCUAUCCUCCGCAGAAGCGACAGUUGUAGAGCGUGACGCGACAAUUGCCGCACUGAUGCUGCAGAUUGCAGCAGCUACCAGCGCUCUACAUGGGGCUGUGGGAGUGAUGCCCUCGGCAUCUGAGACGAUGAGCGUGAUGUCGAGCGAGUCCGCAAUGUCUGCGAUUUCUGUCUCGGACACUCCAGACGAGGUGGCGCGAAAGGAGAAGAAGAAGCGGCGGCGUCUGCGGAUGAAGAUGCUCAAGGCUGGCAAGAGCGAGGCCGAGAUUGAGGCGGCGUUGUCGAGCGAGGCCACCGCGAGACCGACUGUGGUGGCAACGAGCGUGGACGACCUCGUGGCCGCGGCCGAGGCUGCUGCUGCCGAGCGCGUUGCGACGGUGCAGGCGCUGGAAGCUGAGAAGGCGCGUGUUGGCGAGCUAGAGUCAGAGGUUGCUGCCACUACCGCUACUGCUAAGCAGGCCGCAGCGGCAGCGACAUUGGCUGAGGGCCGGAUCUCGGAGCUCGAGACUGAGCUUGCUGAGGCGACCUCUGCACUUGUCACAGCCCGCGAACAGAUGUCUGCCAGCGAUGCUGCCGACAAGCAGCGGAUGGCCGAGCUGGAGGCCGAGGCGGCGUCUUGCAAGGCGGCGCAUGAGACGCAGAUUGGCGAUCUCGAAACCAAGGCUGCCGCUGCUACUGCAGCGACGACUGCAGCCAAGACCCACAUGGCCGAGAUCGAGGUGGAGCUCGCUGAUGCACAUGAGGCCACGGCAGCGUACAAGCAGCAACUUCUCGAGAUGGAGACUGCUGCUGAGCAGGCCGCAGCGGCAGCAACAUUGGCUGAGGGUCGGAUUGCCGAGCUCGAGACUGAGCUUGCCGAGGCGACCUCUGCACUUGUCACAGCCCGCGAGCAGAUGUCUGCCAGCGAUGCUGCCGACAAGCAGCGGAUGGCCGAGCUGGAGGCUGAGGCUGCGGCAGCUGCAACAGCGGCUCAGGCUCACAUCGCCGAGCUCGAGGCAGAACUUGCAGCAAGUCGCACAGCCACCGCCGCUGACAAGCAGCGGAUCGCCGAGCUGGAAGCCGAGGCUACGGCAAGUGCGGCCGAUGGUGCUGCUACCAAGCUUCGGAUUGUCGCUCUCGAGGCCGAAGUCGCUGCCAUGCAUGCCGCCGCCACAAGCGCAUGCGAGAAGCAUGCAGCCGUUGAGGAGACCAACAAGCAACGUAUCGCCGAUCUCGAAACCGAGGCCGCCACAGCCGCCGCCACCGCCGAGUUCCGGAUUGUCGGACUCGAAGCCGAGCUUGUCGAGGCAAAGGCGGCGCUCGCUACCGCAUGCGAGCAGCUGGCUACCAGCGAAGCAGAAGGCCAGCAGCGUACGGCUGAGCUGGAGGACGCUGUCCGGCGUGCUCGCGAGCUGGAGAGCGAACUGGGGGCAGAGCGCGCGCAUGCGCAAGAGCAACAGUCUCACAUGGCUCGGACGGCCGAUGCGCUGCUUGUGCUCACUCAGCCCGAACCACCCGAGACGCUGAGCGUCGUAUCUGGCGACUCGAUACUCUCACUUGCGUCGGCCUCCGACUCACCGGAAGAGGCCACUCGCAAGGAGAACAAGCGCCUGCGUCGCCUACGCAUGAAGCUGAUGAAGGAGGGCAAGUCGCCGUAUGAAAUCGAAGCGGCCCUUGCCAGCGAGAUCGCCGCUGCUGCGCCUCCCGCUGCACUGGAGCUCGACUCAGCCGAGAUCAACAGACUUUAUGCCGAGCUCGAUGCUGCUCGCGCUACCAACGCGCGACUCGAGGCCGAGCUCCGCAGUCAGGGCGACAACGAUGCCGUACGUUACGCCCUGCUCGAUGCGCUUCCAGAUGCCGAUCCCGGCGCGGAUGUCGUGACUCUGGCCCACGAGGCGGCGGCUGAGAUUGACAAGUACGCCGCCCGGACAGCGGUACUCGAGUCCGGCUUGACCUCGGUCUCGUCAGCUGCGGCGGCAGCGCAGGUCCAGAUCGAAGCCGACGAGGCUGCCCACGCCGACGCCGUCCGUGUACUCCGCGACGAGCUGGACGCGGCUCAAGCAGCGCGCGAGGCCGACGCUGCGGCCAUGCAGGAGCGCCUCGUUGCGCACUCGAAGCGCCUCGAGUCGGAAACAAGUGCUGUGCUCUCCGAGCUGGACGCAGCCUAUGCUCGCAUCUCCGCCUUGGAGACCGAGGUCGACGCCUACCGCUCUGGUCUAGAAGCCGGUCCGAAUGUCCAGCCCGCCGCCGACGAUCCCGAGGCUGCCGCUCUUCGCGCCCGGCGGCAAGCACGACGCGCCCGGCUGGCGGCCUCCUCGGCAGUCUUUGAGAGCCAGGCCCGAGCUCUGGAAGCCGAGACGGCGUCGAUCUGCUCCGACGCGCCCUCAGAGGCCGCGUCCAUCGCCGGCGCCAUCGACACGCCAGACGACAUUCGCCGUCGCGAGCGCCGCGCCCGUCGCAAGGCCCGCAUCUCUUCGCUUCGUGCCAGCGAGGGCGUGGGCCCAGCCGCUGCCGCAGCAGAGACGACCGAAUCCGGACUUGUCGCCAGCAACGCAACACUCGCGGCAUCAGUCACCUCGGACGCACCGUCAGAGGCGUCAUCGAUUGCGUCGGCUCUCGACACGCCCGACGACAUCCGGCGACGCGAGCGUCGUGCCCGCCGUAAGGCGCGCAUCUCUUCACUCCGCGCCAACGAAGGUAUACACGUGCACCCAUCGCCGGCCCAUCUCCAGCUGCAGCGCGAUCACGCGGCGCUGCGGGCCCAGCACGCGGCGCUGGAAGAGGACCAUCGUGUGCUGCGAGCCGAGCACCACGCACUGUCGCUUGCGUACCUCCGUGCGCAGGCCGAUGCCAUGUCCGCGCGGUUUGACGCCUACGCGGCGGCUGUAUCGGCUGAUCCCACAACGCUCCUCGCAGCGCCAGGGAGCGGGGACAAAGUCGUCAACGGCCAGACAGACUUGGCAGCGACUAUUUCAGACGUGACGGGUCUGGCUAGCCAUAGCGUUGAUGCUGCUGCUGUCAGUGAGCGCUCAGGCCGCCGCCGACGUCGCCGCCGCCGCCGGACGCCUCGCGAUGAUGGCCAGCCGGUCCUCUCGACCUCAGUGCCAUCCAAGGCCGCGCUUGACGCGCUCGACGCUCUGGACCGGGAUGCUGUCAUCGGCCGGCUGGAAGCAGAGCUUGAGGCCGAACUCCGCGCCCGCCGGCCCGAGGCUACGCCGCUUUCCGACUCGAUGCUGCUGGAGCAGCUGAAGCGCAAGGAGAGCGAGGCAACCGCGUCCCGCAGCGCACUUACCUCGUCCAUCGAGCAUUCAUUCGCCCUCCACGCAAACGCCAUGGCCGCCGCUUCCGCCUCCACCAGCCAUCACGCACACGCCGACUAUGACGACGACGACAACGUCUUUGGCGCCAGCGCCAACGUCGAGCGCGAGUGGCGUCGUGACGGCCUGUGA